GUUGGCUACACGCAGUCACUGAACUUUCUCGCGGCGUUCCUGCUGCUGCAGCUGCCGGCGAGGGCGGCCUUUUGGCUGCUCGAGUGCGUGAUCGAGCGGCUGCUGCCGUCGUACUUCACGGCGCAGCUGACUGGCGUGCUCGCCGACACGCGCACGCUCGACGCUCUCGUGGCGUCGCACCCGCAGCUGCACGCGCUGCCGCCGCACCUCGAGUCGCUCGGCCUCGACCUCUCCCUCGUCUCGACACAGUGGCUCAUGCUCGGCUUUGUCACCGCGCUGCCCUCCGAGACGGCGCCGCUGCGCCUCUGGGGCGUCGGCGAGUGGCUGGUGCAAACGGGGCGGCUCGUGAGACGCCGUGCAUGGACGUAG